UAUGUUUACAAAUCGAACAACGGCCUCGUCUGAAUUUUGAUAAAAUAUUUUUUAAUAUUUUGAUCUAUAUUACUCAAUCUAUGUAGCAAAGCAAUACAUUAAAUAUCGGAAACAUGAUAAAUAAAGGAUUUUUUGGAAAAUUUAGAUAAUGAAAAAUAUAUUAAGUGCCUUACUUUACAGGCUGUGGGCUGUGUCCACAUUCACUUUAUUUUUUAGUUUUUUAAUUUUUUGGUUUUAUGGCGUUCUUUUAUCUCUUUUAUGUCUGAUUUGUGGAAUAGCGGGCAUACUGUAUAAUGUUCAAGACCUACUGCUAUACUACCCCAAUGACCCAACCAACUCGCGCAUGUUCGUGCUGCAGCCCAGUACCUUCAAGCUGCCGUAUGAGAGUGUUAAGAUUAAGACCAAGGAUGGAUUCAAAAUUCAUAUGUUUCUAAUAUUGCAAGCAACUGAAAGUGCCUGCAAACCGACUAUGAUCUUCUUUCAUGGCAAUGCUGGGAAUAUUGGCCAGAGACUAGCAAAUGCUUCUGGAUUUUAUCACAAACUGAACAUAAACAUCCUUCUGGUGGAGUAUAGAGGCUAUGGGUUAUCAGAAGGUAGUCCAUCCGAGCGAGGCCUGUAUCUUGAUGCCCAGUGUGCUUUUGAUUACAUCAUGCAAAGAAGUGACAUUGACCACUCGAAAAUUAUAGUAUUCGGUAGAUCACUAGGUGGAGCCGUUGCCAUAGACUUGGCUUCUCGGCUGGAGUAUCGAGAUCGGGUAUGGGCGCUGAUUGUUGAGAACACCUUCACAAGUAUACCGGACAUGGCUCGUGUUAUUUUGAAGUGGAAAUGUCUGAAUUGGCUGCCGAUGUUCUGCCAUAAAAACAAGUAUAUGUCCCUGAAGAAGAUGCGCGCGGUGCGCUGCGGCACGCUGGUGGUGUGCGGCUCGCACGACGCGCUGGUGCCGCCGCGAAUGGGCCGCUUGCUGCUCGUGCAUUGCGGCGCGGCCGUGCGCUGUCACGCCUCGCUGCCGGGCUCGCACGACGACACGUGGACCUGCGCCGAGUACUACAACGAGUUGCAGCACUUCAUCGCGCUCCUGCCGCCGCUGGUGCCGCCGCGCCCGCCCAACACCGUGCACGUCGUGUGAGCAGCACCGACCCGCAAAACAACGCUGCCGUACUAGCAUGCUCGUUAACGUAGAUUCUUUUGCGAGUAGACAUCUUAACGAACUGUCACGUCAGAGUAAAAUAGAUCCUGUUUCCAUUGUAUUAGAGAUCAAAGCUGGACGGUUGAUUACAGGCAUUUUUAGUCCACCACAAAAAAAAAAAAGUAUCGAUUUCCGUCUAUUUGAAAAUGCUUUGGUGUAGUUCAACAUAUUUUAUUAUUCAAUUAGAUUUAUGUGAUAAAUGAUAAAGUAGUGUUGUAAUUUUUUCAAUGUUUUGUAGGAGGCUUGGUUACCACCCUAGCGACAGAUACGUGCUACCUUUUUAGCGUUCGAGUACGAUGUCGCAUAGCAACAGAUUAGGGUUAAGUCUAAGCCUUACUGGUUAGCCCGCUACCAUCUUAGACGUAUCAUCUUAGAAUUGUCAAGAGCUAAUAUAAUAUGGCUACAGCUUUUAGCAAAACACUUAUAAAAAUUAAAUCUGUAGUACGAAUUUUUAUCUUUAAACUAGGUCAAUUUUGCAAUUGUGGUAUAAUGUUUCGAUACUAUAAGGUGACUAAGUUUUCGAUCUUGGGUAUCACAUCCUAAAAGAUAAAGUAAACGAAAAAGAAAAGAUAAACUUUGUGUAAAAGUUGCAAUCGUUUUCGGGUAUCAAACACUGUAAUGCCAAAACCUAAUGUUCUGUUUUUUUUUCUUCCAAAAAUCCUUGCUUUAGAAUAUUGGAUGAAUUUGAACUUCAAAAAUAGGUUCAUAAAUUUUAUUUUAUUAGCAGCGUACAAAUCCUCUCAUAAGGUUAGAUACUGUCUCCCAAUUACAAACAACAAAAAUCUCCCAUUUCUGACUCGUAAAAUCCCACUGUCCAAGAGCACAACGUGGUACCAGAAGCGCAAAAUACCUAGAGUAUACAAACUUGAAUUACGGCCCUUUCUUGAAUACCUGACGCCUAUGGCACUGCCCCACACAUUAAGCACUGCGCAUCUUGUGUCAAAUGACGCAUUGAAACCAGUGCUAAAAAGCUAGGUCUGUUACAUGAACUCAUACGUACUCACCCGUAAAACUCUAGAAGCAUACACGGAAUACACAACACGGUGUCCGGAGCACAAAACUAUCCGGACCUGCACGAAGUUUUACUCCGAGCUGCGAUGCUUUCGUGUGCUGUUUCCCUACUCGAUCUGCUCUGUAUGACCAACUCGUGAAUUCCGAGUGACGAAUAACAUGUCAUGACCAACUCAUGCAUUCUGCACAACGAAUCUCAUGACCUACUCCUGCAUUCUGUGCGGCCAAUGAUUUCUUGACAUGACCAACUCGCGUCGACAUGACAUUCUGCUUAACGAAUUGAAUGACCAACUCGUGCAUUCAGCGUAACGAAUUUCAUGACCAACUCGUGCAUUGCAAAUAAUUAUCGUCCUGACCAACUCGUGCAUUAUGUGUGGCCAAUGACAUGACAUGAUUAACUCGUGCGUUCUGCUUGACGAAUUUCAUGACCAACUCGUGCAUUCUGCGUGACGAAUGACAUGACAAGACAAACUCUUGCAUUCAGUAUUACGAAUUUCAUGACCAACUCGUGCAUUGCAAAAAAUUAUCGUCCUGACCAACUCGUGCAUUAUGUGUGGCCAAUGACAUGACAUGAUUAACUCGUGCGUUCUGCUUGACGAAUUUCAUGACCAACUCGUGCAUUGCAAAUAAUGAAUGUCAUGACCAACUCGUGCAUUCUGCGUGACGAACGGCAUGACCAACUCGUGCAUUCUGCAUAACAAACGACACGACCUAUUCGUGCAUUAUGCAUAGCGAACGUCAUGAUCAAUUCGUGUAUUCUGCAUGAUUGUUGACAUGACCAAUUCAUGCAUAGUCACAACGAAUGUCAUGAUGAAUGCUAUAAUCAACUCGUGCGUCCUACAUGACGAAUGGCAUAACCAAAUGUGCAUUCUACAUGACUCACUCCAAUCGAACCAGUGCUAUCAGACUUAACCCCCAUCCCAAUGACAUGGUCAUCGCCAAUCGACGAGCGUCCUUUUCUGCGCAAAGUUAUUUUUAUGCAAAUAUACAACUUUCGCACCUGUGUAACCAUGGCAGUAUUCGGGAGAGCGACAGCGCUGUAAGCUUUCGCCUCAAAUGUAUUCCUCCAAGAGAUCCAGGUCAUAUUUUAUCAUAAGUUAUAGUAGUAAUAAAUAUUAAGACUUUUUUUGCACCCCAUCAAAGUUUUUUCAAUAAGUUUGCUCCAGUGGCGUGUACAAGGUUUCUGACCAAACUGAGCAUAGAACAAGAAGAUAAAAAAUGCUAGAGUAGGCCUUGCUUUUGUGCAUGUAUGAAGUGCACGCCAUUGGUUGGCUCUCAUCUGUCACUGUUGUAUUAAAUGCCUCUAUUACCUCAGACUAAGUCAUACUGUUGAAUGGCGAUCUACAUAUGAAACAAGUGUUUAGUGGCUUUUUGUUUAGUACCAUAUGGUAUUAAAAAAUUGUACACUCCACUAACUCUUUCGUCCCGUACUUACGCUUUUUUCGAUAUUUUUUUUAAAUGUUAACAAUUAAUUAAGAAAAUGUAUGUGUAAUAAAUGUAUGUAGAGAAUUUUAAUAUCGCAAAAAAAAAAGUUUCAUAAUUCAUUGAGCAAGCUUACGAAAAUGUUGUAUACUUUAUGAAUUUAGUUGUAUAAGUAUGUAUAUAUUAUUUAUUGUAUGUAGUGCAACCCAUAUGAAAAUGAUAAUGAAUAUCUUUUACGUCUAUCAGCUAUUUAAUAACGUUUUUAAUAGUAUAUAAAUAAUGAGUUCUUUGACGUUUAGAGCGCUAAUGUCUUAUGAAGGGAGGUGAGGAGGGAGUAAAAAAAAAUGUGACGUGACGAUAAAGUCACGAUCUGAAUUGAUGCUUAGAGGAAUGUUUAUGAUCCAGGAUGAUUGUAGACAAUUUCCCCGGGAUUUUUUUUUUAUAUUAUUUGCACUACCGAUGUACUUAUUCAGUGUGUUAUCUGUUUUUUUCUAUUUAUUUUGAUUUCAUAGAAGUGAAGAUUGAAUCCUUUUCAAUUAGGUCAAUAUUUGAAAUUCUAUGGAGUGUUCAGGGAACGUAAAUAAAGUUCAGUUCCAUUGGGAAGAUCAUUAAACCAAUUUGCGGAUUUUAUAUUUCAAAAUAAAUUUUCUUAAAAAUUUUAAUCCGGUGAUUUUUUAGAGGUUAGAUUAAACUUUAAGAACAAAAUUAAUAAAAGCGGUUUUGUUCGCAAAAAAUCAGUAUCAGAGGAUAGGAUACAAUAACCGAAUUUCUUGUGUAUUUGUGGACUGGGUUGAAUGACCCCUAGUUUUCGAUCUGACACAGCAAUCGCGAACGUGCGUUCUCUAUAAGUUUCAUAUCCGACUUAUCCUCGGAUGCCUUUUCAUUUUAUGUGAUAAUUAUUUAAUAAUUAAUAAUUAUUAAUUAUUAAAUUAAUAAUGACCGUAACAGCUUUUCCAAUGUCAAUUCGUAGAUAAACUGUCUUUAUUUAAUUAGAGCACGAUACAGUGAACUGUGGAUGUAUAUCAACGCUUUAAAUGUUUGACCGUAAAAGCUUUUUCAAUGUCAAUUCGUAGAUAAACUGUCUUUAUUUAAUUAGAGCACGAAACGGUGCACUGUAAACUUAUAUCAACGUUUUAAAUUUUAAAUGUGUAUUUUAAAUGUGUAGUAAUAUUGUAAACUAUCUUUAUAUUGUAUAAAUACUACAAAAUAGUUAAGAUUAUAUUACACGUGGCAUUUAAAUUCAUAGAAAAAGUUUAAGCUGUUUUCCGGUGUAUAUGGAUUUGUGUCAAAGGUAUGGUCCAAUUUGGAUGGUUUUAUUUGGAGGGUUUAAUGGGCAUGAUGACAAAUUUUGUAUAACUAUUUACUACUUUUGGGGCAAUUGAUAGCAAGAAACUUAGCAAUGAUUUUCGAUAUACGCAGAAAUUUUGGAUGUUCAAGCGAUACAAAAUUGUUUAUAUAGACGUGACGUCAUAACGUCGGCGUUUCACCCAUCAUGGCGGAUCACUAGAUUUUGAAUUUUUAUUUAUAGAACAUAAAUACCAAUCUCACGUUUUUCAUAAUACACGAAUCAUACAGCAUUUGAUAAAUAUUUUGGCGACACUUUGUUACUGUCAUCACGCCCAUUGCGAUGGCUAGUUAUAAAAUAAAAUCUGUCUACGGCUCGGCUUGACAUCUAUGAUCAUUUUUCAUAUCAACUAGCGUACCUAUUAAUGUGUAGCUGGUACAAUAUUAUUUCAAAGGGCUACGAAAAUUCUUAUGAAAAUUUAUUGACGUAAGUUAGGUAUGUAUUUACAUGUAGUUCGGUGGCACACGUUUUAUCAAAGUAGAUAUCGAGGACAUUUUGUCCGAUCGUUUUUUUUUUAUUAAAUUAUUUUUUAAGUAAGCUAAAUAUUAAUAUAUAUCAUACAAUUAAUACUUAUCGUAACCAUAUAUGUCUUAAUAUUUCCUUUCUCACAAUUUAGUAAGUUAAAUAUCUGUUAAAUUUGUAAGGUGUUGUAAAUAACGACAUCUGAUGUUCAUUUAAAAUGAAAAUGUCGUAUGCAUGAUACUAUGUUAUCUUUUUUAAUGACUAUACGACUUGCUAUACUUGUGAAGUAAUAAUGCCAUAAUACUUCGUAAAAAAGACAACUUAAAAAUAAAUUAUACUAACUUUAAUGUUUCUUUAAUCUAAGUAGGUAUAUUAAAAAAUAAUACUGUCAAUUACUCCUAUUACUGGAAGCACACUAUCUUUUUCGCAAGCGUUCAAGAUUUAAAUCGUACAUAUGCCUUAAUUCAGAAAAACUAUCAAUAAUUUCAUGUUAAUUGCCAAUCGGUAUAAUAUUCCUGCUACAUUACGUUUACGAAUUCACACAUCGAAAACUUUUCGCCUAUUUUAAAUUAAGAACGGCAUAUAUACGAAUUCAAUCACCGAAAAUUACAUCAUGCUUUGUUUAAGACUUUCGUAUGUUUUGUCUAUAAUUUACGAGAUUAUGCUGACUGUGAGAGGCACUAUGGUAUAAGUAAUGUAGCGCUUGUAUUCGUCAUAGUUGCAGCGCCGCAGAUCGCACGCAACAGUGCGCCCGUACUGCGUAUUGUGCGGUCAGCAUUCAACUUGUGAAAUAAAAUAUUACUUAACUCCUGCCUAUGUAUUCUACCAUUAUCUACAGAUGUAUUAUACAAGUAUUGUAUGUAUACCUAGUACAAAAAAAAAUAUUGCUAACUACAAAAGAAUAUUGAUGUGAAAUUAAUAAGUGUCUAUUAAAAGAUAUUUUUCGAAAAUUA